AUGGCGACUGCGAAACCCCCUUACGACCCGGUCAAGACGGUCGAAGGCAUGUUCAUGGGCUCGGUGACCCGCAUUGCCUACGCCAUGAAAGAUCCCUUGAACUACGCGCAGUCAACAAAAGCAGUGCUCGCGGAAACCGCCAAAAAGUUCCAGGACGCCUUGGAUGAUUGCGAGGUCCAGAUCCUUGAUGCGAAAUGGUAUCUCGAGCGCCAACUGGCUUUGAACAAGGCCCGGCGUGAAGCCAAAGCAAGAGAAGACAGUGCCGCCAGCGCGAAAAGGAAACGUGAAGAGUCCAAAGAAGCACAAGAGACGGCGCAAAUCGCAGAGGGCGAAAAUGCUCCCAAGCGCGUAAAGACACAAGAGCCUGAGAGUCCGGUGCAAGCGCAGCCAAAAGCCCAGCAGCCGUCUCCUGCACAAAAGCCGGCCCCUCCGUCGACUGUCGCCGCGAAUCCCAACGCGGCGCAAUCGCUUCCGGGGUCAGCAGAGAAGAACCCGACACCCAGACCACCAGAUAAACCCAAAGUCUCCGUUACUACGGAUAUCAGGGCACCGCAACCAGCUGUCGUACCAGCUUCCAGACCUCAGGAGAAGCCUCCCGAGACUGCGCAGCAACCCGAAAGCACAAUGACACAGACAACCACGGAGGAGUUUCCCAAGCCGACUCCGCAAGACACUCCAGCCGAGGCCAAUGAGGCUUUCAACUUCGAAUCAAUGUUCGCAGAACCAUCAGCAGACAUGAUGGAAGGGAACAACAAUGACAUAAACUUCGACCUUGACAACCUCGGUGAUGGAUUUGGUGGCGAUUCUUCGCAUCUCAAUAUGCAACAAGAUGCUUCUCUGAGCUCUCUUCUUCCUGGCCUCGAAUCCUAUGCAAAUCAGACGGGCGACGAUGCGAAUUUUGGCAUGCCUGUGCCUCCAAUGAACGGGCUCGCGCCUUCUAACGAUAUAGCCGCUCGAGGCAUCGGAGGAGCGAUGGGCGCCGAUAGUAAUACAGACAAUGCUCCCAUCCAGCACCAGCAGCCAGUCAAUGUCAGUGUUAAUGACUUCGGCCUGCCAGCCUUGGGUCCUAAUGAGUUCGACGAUUUCCUGAAUGCCAACGCCAUGAACUUCGACGAGAGUCUCGGCCUAGGCAAUGACAGUAUGGCCAAUUUGGAUAACUUGGAGAACAUGGACCUCGAUUUUGAAAGUAUGUUCAAAUGA